AAGACUGCUCUGAGUAACAUACACAUACAGUUAAUUGAAUAAGUCACAAAUGUGGAUGAAUUACACUAAUUGAAAUUAAUGGAAAAAUCAAAGUUCAAUAUGUACAAUGUUGUUUGCACAAAGUAAUGAUUAACCACAGUAUUGUCGGCGGCAGACACAAUACUGAUAAGACCGUGCGUGCCCUAACACAAAAAGGCAAUCAGGAAAUGUAACAACUAUUUUAGCGUUCGGUAAAGCAGUCAGUAUGCACUUUUUUUGUGUAAAAGGGCCCAGUUGUACUUUGUUUAGCCAUUAUAAUACAAGUACAGUAGUUUUUUUAGGUUAAAGACUGCAAUUCAGUUUUAAACGGCUGUCAAAAUCAUGGACUGUCCAGAGAUUCAAAUCGAGAAUGGUCGCUUGAAAGGAAAGGUAUCAGAGCCAGACUGUUCAAAUGCACAACCGGUAUACAUGUAUCUUAGUGUGCCGUAUGGGAAAUCAACAAGUGGUCAACGAAGAUUCGCACCACCAGAGGCUGCUGAAAAUUGGGAGGGCACUUUAAAUGCGACUGAAACUUUAACAAACUGUCCACAAAAUGUUGGGCCGACAGAACUGUACGAUCAGAUGCUCCCACAGAAAGAUUCGCUAAACUUCGACAAAAACAAAUCUACAGAAGAUUGCUUACGUUUGAGCGUGUUUACACCUAGUACUGUUAAGACGUCAAGUUUACCAGUGAUGGUUUGGCUAACUGGUGGUCACUACGAAAGAAACUUUGCUGGCAGAGUCGACGGAACAGCGGUUUCGGGAAUGAAUAAUGUUGUAACUGUUGUAGUUAAUUUCCGAGUUAACGUAUUCGGAUAUCUUUCACUUGGAAAGGAUAGUGUGUGUCCGGGAAAUUUAGCCCUGCAGGACGUUAUUUUGGCUCUGAAAUGGGUUCGACAAAAUAUAAGAGCUUUUGGUGGAAAUCCGGAAAACGUAACUUUGUUUGGCGAAAGCUCUGGAUCUGGGAUGGUCCAUUUGUUGAUGAUGUCAGAUCUCUCGAAAGGUCUCUUCCACAAAGCAAUAUUACUUAGUGGAUCAACGUUGUCACCAUUUCUAUGCGCGGAGGAUACAUCUGCAGCAGGAGAAGCCUUUCUGAAUGCGCUGAACAUUGACAAGGAUAUAGGAGAAAAGCAAGUUUUGCAAGAACUACGGAAUCGCUCAAUAGAAGAUCUCAUGAGCGCCCAAAGUGUCUUUAAUGACUUUAUGAGAUGCAUGCCGACAAUAGACGGUCACGUUUUAAAAGACAGCCCCGAAAACUUAACUAAGGCCGGUCACGUGCACCGAGUGCCGCUUCUGAUUGGCUGCACAAACAGUGAGGGCCACGGCUUGAUCUCUGCUACAACCUACCCCGAUUUUUUCGAAGGAACUGCUGAAGAAAACGUGAAAAACAUGUUUCAGAUGACCUUUAACAAGAUAUACAAGAAAGGCAAUGCAGAAGAAGCGUUCGAGAUGCUAAAGGAGGCUUAUUUGAGGGACGUCCCGAAGGAUGACCCGACCAGAUACAGUUUAUUACAUGGAGAUAUGGUUUCCGAUUCUAUUUUCGUCAUACCAACAAUUAUGACAGCAAUUGCGCAUACAAGUAUGGGGUUACCGACUUAUCUUUUCCAAAUGACUCAACAACCUCAGUUUAACCACGAUGAAACGAACGGACCGGGUGUACUUAAAAAACCUGCGUUUGUUAAAUGUGACCACGCAGACGACAUGCACUUUGUAUGGGGGGCACCUUUUGUAAAGGGGGAAUUGCCAUACGGUGCUCGCUUUACCGAAGAUGAAAAAGAACUUAGUAGAAAUGUCAUGACUUACUUUACAAACUUCGCUUACACUGGAAAUCCAAAUAAUGGUCAAGAGGUGCCGAAAGAAUGGCCACAGUACACAUUGGAAGAACAGAAUCACAUGGUUCUACAAACACCGCUGUUGAAUGGACAACGACUUAACCAAGAUAAAGUAGUUAUGUACACGCAAAAGUUCCCAGCGUUGUGA